CAAUUUCAAGGGUGCAAAGGGACCUUCCGCUUCACUAAUCUUCAGAGUUUUACUCAAGAGUAUCUGGAAAUGACUUCACGUCCUGAAUUAAAGGUCGACGAUGAGGGUGGAUUCAUCAAAUUCUUCAAAUCACUACCCGAUAAUGGAGAGGAUACAGUGAGGAUCUUUGAUCGGGGAGACUUCUAUACUGCUCACGGGGACAGUGCAUCAUUCAUUGCCCGAACGAUCUAUAAAACGACUUCCGUCCUGCGACAAUUAGGCAAGCAUGACUCCACCGGUCUCCCCUCAGUUACCAUGUCCACCACUGUCUUCAGAAACUUUCUUCGAGAAGCUCUCUUCCGUCUUGGCAAGAGAAUCGAGGUUUGGGAGAACACGGGUCGAACUAAUUGGAAAAUCACAAAGCAAGCCUCACCCGGGAAUCUGCAGGAUAUUGAAGAGGAACUGGGGGGACAAUUUGAUGCUGCUCCAAUCAUACUGGCUGUCAAAGUCUCGGCAAAAGCUUCGGAGGCCAGAAACGUUGGUGUUUGCUUCGCAGAUGCCAGUGUUCGAGAAUUGGGAGUGUCGGAAUUUCUGGACAACGAUCUGUAUUCGAAUUUCGAAUCGCUUCUAAUUCAGCUCGGGGUGAAAGAAUGCCUCAUCCAGGUCGACAAGUCAGAAAAGGAUGUGGAGAUGGCUAAGCUCAAGGCGAUUGUCGAUAAUUGCGGAAUUGCUAUAUCAGAGCGGCCUGGAACCGAUUUCGGCACUAAGGAUAUCGAUCAAGACUUGGCGAGACUUCUGAAGGACGAAAAGGCUGCCGGUACUCUUCCACAGACAGAUCUCAAGCUUGCAAUGGGAUCAGCGGCCGCUUUGAUCAAGUAUCUUGGAGCAUUGCACAAUCCUUCGAAUUUCGGUCAAUACCAGCUUUAUCAGCAUGAUCUGUCACAGUUCAUGAAGCUAGAUGCAUCGGCAUUAAAGGCCUUGAACCUCAUGCCUGGGCCCCGAGAUGGCGCCAAGACAAUGUCAGUGUACGGAUUACUAAAUCACUGCAAGACCCCAGUAGGAAGUCGGUUGCUUGCACAAUGGCUGAAGCAACCGCUGAUGAGCAAAACGGAGAUCGAGAAAAGGCAGCAACUCGUCGAGGCAUUUGUCGAGGACACCGAAUUACGCCAAACAAUGCAAGAGUCACAUCUUCGAUCAAUUCCCGACCUGUAUAGGUUGGCCAAGAGAUUUCAACGGAAACUGGCAACUCUUGAAGAUGUGGUUAGAGCUUGGCAAGUGGUUAUCGCACUACCAGGCUUUAUUGGUACUCUCGAGGGCGUUAUGGACGAACAGUAUCGCGAUCCACUGGAUGAAGCGUACACAUCGAAGCUUCGGGAGUACUCUGAGAGUCUUGAUAAGCUAGCAGAAAUGGUUGAAACCACGGUGGACCUUGCUGCUGCUGAAAAUCAUGACUACAUCAUCAAGCCCGAGUUUGACGAAGGCCUGCGAAUAAUCAGGAAGAAACUCGACAAGUUAAGGCAUGAGUUGGAUCAAGAGCACCGCGCUGCUAGUCUGGACCUUUCGCAGGAGAUGGACAAAAAGCUGUUCCUCGAGAACCACAAAGUCCAUGGCUGGUGCAUGCGUCUUACGAGGAACGAAGCGUCUUGCAUUCGGAACAACAAGAAAUACCAGGAAUGCUCCACACAAAAGAAUGGUGUUUACUUCACAACUCAGAAGUUGCAAAGCAUCCGACGAGAGUUUGAUCAGCUAUCCGAGAACUACAACCGGACCCAGAAGAGCUUGGUCAACGAGGUCGUCAGUGUUGCCGCUUCAUACUGCCCAGUCAUAGAACUGUUAGCCGGCGUGCUUGCUCAUAUGGAUGUUAUUGUGAGCUUUGCACAUUCUUCCGUCCAUGCACCUACAUCCUAUGUCAGACCCAAGAUGCAUCCCCGUGGUGAGGGUGACACCAUCUUGAAGGAGGCCCGGCACCCUUGUAUGGAGAUGCAGGACGACAUUCAAUUCAUCACCAACGAUGUUACUCUCAGACGUGGAGGUUUAUCGUUGAUUACAGGAGCGAAUAUGGGCGGCAAGAGUACUUACAUUCGGCAAAUCGGUGUCAUAGCACUGAUGGCUCAGAUCGGUUGCUUCGUUCCUUGUUCAGAAGCCGAAUUGACCAUUUUUGACUGCAUCCUUGCUCGAGUCGGUGCCAGCGAUUCGCAGCUGAAGGGCGUCUCGACCUUCAUGGCCGAAAUGCUCGAAACGGCUAACAUUCUCAAAUCUGCUACCUCGGAAUCUCUCAUCAUCAUCGACGAGCUUGGUCGCGGUACUAGUACUUAUGAUGGAUUUGGACUUGCCUGGGCAAUUUCAGAACACAUCAUCAAGGAGAUCGGCUGUUUCUCCAUGUUCGCCACCCAUUUCCACGAGCUCACUGCCUUGGUAGACCAGUACUCUCAAGUGCAGAACCUGCAUGUCGUGGCACACAUCGAUGACAACGGAAAGGGUAAGAGAGAGGUUACACUUCUUUACAAGGUGGAAGAAGGAGUCUGCGAUCAGAGUUUCGGUAUUCAUGUUGCGGAGCUUGUGAGGUUUCCUGAAAAAGUGGUUAGUAUGGCGAAGAGGAAGGCGGACGAGUUGGAAGAUUUCACCAGUAAGCACGAUGGACAUGCGAUCCAAUAUGGGAAGGAAGAUGUGGAGGUAGGAAGUGCGAUGUUAAAGGAUGUUCUGGUGAAAUGGAAAGAAGCUUGUGACGGCAAGGACUUUAGUAGGCAGGAGAUGGUGAGUAGGUUGAGGGAGCUGGUAAAGGGGGAUGAGAAACUCCUUGCGAAUCCCUUCUUCCAGAGUGUGAAAGGUCUAUGAUUUUAUGGCUCUAGGGAGGUCUACUGGUAUUGCUACAUAGUUGGGAGGCACUAAUUGCUUUAUAAGGGGCGGCCUAAUUGUACAACACAUAGGAUUACAUGGAAUGAAAAUAUCAACGUCAAAACCG